AUGACGAGGAAUUCGCGUGGACCAGCCAAGCUGCCUACGAAGCAGCUGGCAAUUCUUGUAUUGAGUGGCAAGGCAAGGCUGGACAACAGAUUAGAAUGGGGCGAUGAUGGAUCCUUGAUGCAUCUCUGCAACAUUGUCACUGCUUGGGAUGCAAUAUGUAGGUUCGCUGAACCCGUAGCUUUGACUUCGGUCUUUCCAUAUCUGCCUGAAAUGAUCGAGGGGUUUGGGGUCAAGGAAGAAAAGGUUGCCAAAUGGGCUGGUAUUACAUCUGCUGCCUUUUCCUUAUCACAAUCCUCCACCGCAAUCAUCUGGGGAAGAGCAUCAGAUAUGUUUGGUCGGAAGCCAGUCAUCUUAUUUGGCUUGACAUGUACCAUGAUAUGCACUUUACUAUGGGGCAUAUCUACCAGUCUACCAAUGGCAAUCAUGAUAAGAGCACUUUCGGGAGCUUGCAAUGGCAAUGUUGGAAUUAUCCGAACCAUGGUGGCUGAGAUGGUUCCCGAGAAAGAGCUUCAACCAAGAGCUUUUUCAAUAAUGCCUCUGGUAUGGAGUUUAGGUUCCAUCUUUGGGCCCUCAUUUGGGGGGUUCUUCGCAAAACCAGCCGAAAACUUUCCAGGGAUAUUUGGAAAUAGCAAGUUUUUAAUCAAAUUUCCCUUCCUUUUGCCAAAUAUAGUGGCAAGUGCGCUGUUCACAGUAGGGAUUUCAACCGGAGUCUUAUUUCUAAGAGAAACACUCGAAACAAAACGCCACAAAACAGACUACGGCCGCGAAGUAGGCGCGAGAUUAGUUUCGGCCUUUAGAACCACCUUCCGCCUCAACCGGAAACACAAAAAGUUCGGCCGGCAUUCCAACGUUAAUGAAGAACAAUCCCUACUACGGCCCACAUCCUCUGCAGGUGACGAGCAAUACGACGGCAACUUUUCCUCCAAAUCCGUCUCCAAACCCCCACAACCCGCCCCCGCCCUCCGCGAAGUCUUCACCCGCCAAAGCGUCAUCAACCUGAUAGCAUACACUCUCCUCGCCCUACACUCUGUAGCCUACGACCAACUCCUCCCCAUAUUCAUGCACGCCAAGAAACAACCCCACGACGCCAACACUCAGCUCCCCUUCAAAUUCACCGGCGGUUUUGGCAUCAACCACGCCCGCAUCGGCGUCCUGUUCACCGCGUACGGUUUCGUAGGCUGCUUCAUCCAAUUCCUCGUCUUCCCGCCCAUGGCCCGCCGUUUCGGCGUCCUGAAUUGCCUCAAAGGCUGCGCUGUCGCCUUCCCGCUCAUCUGCUUCGUCACGCCCUACACAGCCCUGCUUCAGAGCUCGGCGCUCCAACAAGGCGCCAUGUUCGCUAUCAUGGUCGUCAGGAGCUUUGCCGUCAUCUUUGCGUUCCCAUGCUCCAUCAUCCUGCUCACCAACUCGGCGGUCAGUCUACGCAUCUUGGGCACACUGAACGGUGUCGCUGUUAGUGUAUCAGCGGUCGGACGAGCCAUUGGGCCUGCGUUGGGCGGUACGGCUUUCACGUGGGGCGUGGAAAGAGGAUAUGUCAUUACGCCUUGGUGGUUACUCGGUACCAUUGCCAUGAUUGGCGCGAUUCCCAUCUGGCAUCUUGUAGAAAUGGAAGGCUUCAACAAAGCCCCCGACAGCGACGACGAUGACGAUGACGAAGAGGGAUUACUCGAUCAAGUUGAUGAAGAAAACUCGCUUGACAUACUAGAGGGUGAUGAGGUAUUCGACGACUACGAAGAAGCGCUAGAUGUUGUGGAUGACUCGACUCUCUCUCGUGUUCUAAGUAAGAAGAGCAUCGCUUCUGGCACAAGCGCCUUUGAACGCCGCUUGAGCAGUCCGAUCGGAAUCAAGGAGAGUGUCGGCCCUGGUGGAGGCAGACGACUGAGUAAUGGGCUUGCGGCUAGUAAUAUGGGACAGGGAACUGGCGGUACGAGUUUUGCUUGA